UGAAGGCCUCAAUAAACGUGUCCUACAAGUCAGAGGACACGUUGAACUUUCGUGACGCUGAUAUGCAGAAUAUCCUUCCAUCCAUCCCUCUCGGUUUUCAAUUUGCAAAGUAGAUCAGAGGAAGCUCCUCUCUUCCUCAAUCCCACUCCCACUUCCAGAAACAUUGAAGGCCCUUAUAGUGAAGAGAAUUGCAAAAUUUGAUCCAACAUAGAGAGCAAGCAAGAUGAAGUUCUGCAUGGUAUUUGUUAUUCAUAGAUCAUUCAAGUAUUUCUUGUGCUAUAUUCCAGCCAUGGAAUUUUAUGCUAGAUAAGGAUGAAAACCAGACAAGGAAUGAGGAAGGUGUAACAUAUCAAAUUCCUGUUUUGAAACCGUUCUCAAGUUCUCCAGAUAUUGAAGUGCAAGCUAAUGCGGUUGAUUGGGGAGGUGGAAAACACAUUGUACCUUCUGGAGAUAUAGAUGCCUCUGGUGAAGUAAACAUGGAGGCAUCAAUAACACCUGAUGACGUUAUACGGGCUGGAGGCUUUGGUGCUAGAGAUGAUAUAAGUAGUUUUCUUCCUGUCGCGAGUGAUUCUACUGAUUUUGAAGCUACAAUACGUGAUGCCCGAGACUAUGAAGAACCACAGGGAGAUAUCAGUAGACCAGACUCUUGGCUGGACGAAAAGCUAGAGGAACAAAAUAACUGUGUUGUUGCUGGUUUACCAGCCUAUCAUAAAUGUAAGUUUUGUUGUACUUGAAAUGUUACUACUUUUUGGUUCUUCAAGUUCAAGGAAUGCUCAGAAUAUGUUAUCGUAAAAGUUGGGCAUAUAUCGAUCAGAGAUGUACUUUAAUCCUUUGA